AUGUGCGCCGUGCUCACGGGCGGCCUCUUGCUGCUCGUGGCACGCUGGCUGCCCAUCUGGAGCUUAAAGUGCCGCUGCCGCCGUUCCAUGCUCACCGCGGCCACCCAUCUUCUGGUUCUCCGCCGUUCCGGCGGUGUUGACGUGGAAUCCUUUGUCAACAACCCCGGUGCCAAUAACGGUGUCCCCACCAAUUGGCGCAAAAACGGCUACGAUUGCCUCGCCGACGCCGAUCCCGUCGAAGACUCGGAACCCAUGCAAUUCCACCACCGCCACGUGCGCUACGUCUGGUGUGCUGAAAACGAGCAAUUUGAACGCGUCUGCGGCCUCGACGUUGCCACCCCCACCUCCAAGCUCCUGGCUUACGCCCACAACCAAGAGCAGCAGUCUUCCACUCGUCCCAGCCUCAUUUACCGCCAUGGCGCCAACACCGUGGACGUGGAAGUCAAAUCCUACAUGACUUUGCUCUUUGAAGAAAUCCUCUCCCCCUUUUACAUCUUCCAAAUCUUUGCCAUCAUCCUGUGGGGUUUCGAAUUGUACUACUACUACGCCGGCUGCAUCGUCUUGAUCACCAUUGUCUCCGUCACCUUGUCUCUGCUUGAAACGCGUCGUAACGCCGAAGCCCUUCGUGACAUGGUUGCCUACGAAGGCGUCGUCACCCGCAUCAAAACCCCUGAAGGUCGCCAUGGCAUCGAGGUUUCUUCAAGCGAGCUGUUGCCUGGUGAUCUCUUUGAAGUACAUGAGGGUGACCUCGUGCCCUGUGAUGCGGUCAUCUUUGAAGGCGGUUGCGUCGUCAAUGAGAGCAUGCUUACCGGCGAGAGUGUGCCCGUCACCAAGACUGCGCUUCUCCUCGAGCAAGAUGAUCCCGUCUUCAACAUUGAGAAGCAAAAGGCCCACACUCUUUUCUACGGCACUCAAGUGGUUCAGCUGCGCUCGCACCGGCUAGUGGCCAUUUGCAUCCGCACAGCCUUUGAUACUUCGAAGGGCCAGCUCAUCCGCUCCAUUCUCUACCCCAAGCCAACAAAAUUCCGCUUCUACCAGGAUGGUAUGCGCUUUUUGAUGGUGCUCUCCUUUUUUGGAGCCGCUGGCUUCAUCUACAGUGCCGUUGUUCUGACCAGUCGUGACGCCCCCAUUGUCAAAAUUGUUAAACGUGGUUUUGACAUUCUCACAAUCAUUGUGCCACCCGCCCUGCCGGCGGCCAUGACCGUGGGCACCAUGUACGCCAUCACCCGCCUAAAGAAGCAGAAAAUCUUUUGCAUCAGUCCACCCCGUGUUAAUGUGUCCGGAAAGAUCAAACUUUUUUGCUUUGACAAAACUGGUACCCUUACCGAGGAUGGUCUCAGCCUGCACGCCCUACAAGAAACCCACCAGGGUGCGCUGCGCGAGUCGAGCCUCGAGCCUUCGCCUGGCUCGAGCAACAUCAUCAACAUGGAAUAUGCCCUUGCUUGCUGCCACUCCCUGGCCAUCUCUCGCCUGCAGAACGGCGAUGUAGCGCCCAUCGCCCCGGCCGUACCCAGCGAACAAUCCCUCAUCGGUGACCCCCUGGAGAUUCAGCUGUUUCUGGCUAGUCAGUGGGUACUUGUCGAGGCCCAAACCCCGGCGAUCCGCCUCAACGCCACGGGCAACCGUUUGCAAGACCUUUUUGCACAGCAGCUUGGCCCGUCCUCCUUUGUCUAUCGUGAGCACGACCAAGGCGCUUCGGCAUUGCUCAUGCUCAAGGAGUAUGCUUUCUCGUCCCACAAGCAGCGCAUGACCGUGCUUGUGGCCAGUUACGAUGUGAACCUCCAUGACCACGAGGCGUGGACCGGCGUCCCCACCCCCCGCAUCGUGGCCUACGUCAAGGGGGCACCCGAGCGCAUCGCCAAGCUUUGCAACCCCAAGACCUUGCCGUCGGACUUUGAAGACGUCUUGGCUGCCUACACACACCGAGGCCUUCGGGUCCUUGCUGUGGCAGGCGCCUUCCUUUCCACGACCGACCUGGCCGAGGCCAAGGCCAUGCCUCGCGAAAAGGUUGAACGGGAUCUCACCUUUCUCGGUUUUGCCAUUUUCGAGAACCGUGUCAAGCCGGAAACGGCAGGCAUCCUGGAGCGAUUGCAUCAGGCCCACAUCCGAACAGUCAUGAUCACGGGUGACAACGUGCUCACCGCCUGCAGCGUAGCCCGCUCCUCGGGCAUGGUACCUGCCAAUGCGCCCAUUUUUUAUGCUUGCGUCAACGGACCUACCGCUUUUUUGCGCGAGGAUGAAGAAGAACCCGAGGACCUCGACUCUGGCCUCGUUGAUGAUGCCCCUGGUGUCGUCUUCAAGGAUGAGGAAGAUGCGACCACCGUUGCCCAGGAUGCGCACAACAUCCAGGUUGACGUGAGCCACCUCUUGCCGUGGGGUGUGCGCUUCGUCGAAUUCCCCCAUCUUGCCCGCGACCGUCCCGUUUCGGCCUGGUACUCGCCCCCCACGGGCUACGCCGCCAUUGCCGUUACCGGGCGCGAAUUUGGCACCAUCCGGCGUGAGCAUCCGCAGUUUUAUCAACGCCUUCUUGUAUCGGCCACCAUUUUCGCCCGCAUGGCUCCAGACCAAAAGGCACAGCUCAUUGAGGACCUUAUUGCCCUCGACUACUGCGUUGGCAUGUGCGGCGAUGGCGCCAAUGACUGCGGCGCGCUCAAGGCGGCCCACGUCGGCGUUUCGCUUUCCGAGGCCGAGGCCUCAGUGGCUGCCCCCUUUACCUCCAACACGCCCAACAUUAGUUGUGUCGACACGCUCAUGCGUGAAGGCCGAGCGGCCCUGGUGACCUCCUUCUCCUGUUUCAAGUUUAUGGCCCUGUAUAGUUUUGUUGAGUUUUCCAACGUCCUCAUCCUGUACUGGAUCGACUCAAACCUGGGCGAUAUGCAGUAUCUCUACGUUGACCUCGUCCUCACUUUGACCCUGGCCGUGUGCAUGGGUCACACGGCCGCGGGACCGCGCCUGGCCCCCAAACGCCCAGCUGGCAGUCUCGUGUCUCCAGCUGUGCUUGUUUCCAUAGUGACACAGAUUUUGCUCAAUGUUGGAGCUCAGGUCGCCAUUUUGGAGAUGGCGCGGGCGCAGUCGUGGUUUCAACCGCUUCACGCCUUGCCCGAUUCCAACAAUAUCAAGUGCUACGAGAACACGGUCACCUUUCUGUUUGCCAACUUUAUCUAUGUGGCCGUGGCUGUGGCGUUUACGUCAGGCCUGCCUCAUCAGGCCCCCGUGCUUCACAACUACAGCUUCAUUGCGGCAGUGGUGGGUCUUACGGCCGUCAACGUUCUCUUCAUUGCUUGGCCCACCUUGUUCAUUCGUACGACGCUCCAAACCUACAUCAUUCCCGACUGGAACUUUCGCAUUGUGAUGCUGGGCAUGGCUGCGGCGUAUGCCUUCAUUUCAGUGGUGAUUGAUCGCGUGAGUACCAACAGCACCACCUUCCGUCGUCUGAUCAAGGCCGUGUUCUACAAGACCAAGUAUAAGAAUGCCUACAAGCAAGUGGCGCGCGACGUCAUAUCCGAUGACUGGCUGCAGAUCUCGAGCAAGAGUAAGUCAUCGAGCGUGUGA